AUGGCGACUCGCAUCAUCGAUACAAUCAAAACGGACCACCGAGAGAUCGAGGACUACUACAACAAGGUUCUCGGUUCCGCGACGGAUAAGGAAAAGGUGGAGUGGCAGAACCAGUUUACCUGGGAAUUAGCCCGCCACUCUAUCGCCGAGGAGCUAGUGGUCUACCCCCAGUUUGAGAAAAAGCUCCCUGAUGGUCGGUCUUUGGCAGACAAAGACCGUAAGGAGCAUCAAUCGGUCAAAGAACAACUGAAGAAAUUCCAGAACAUGAAGCCUUCCGACCCGGAGUUUGAAUCAACCAUCAAAGCCUUGAUGCAGGAUCUUUCUGAGCACAUCAAAGAAGAGGAGACACAGGAUCUUCCGAAACUGGAAGAUGCCCUAACCACCGAGGAAAGCGAGGGCCUUUCCAAGUCGUUUGGCAGGACGAAGAUAUUUGUGCCGUCCCGUUCCCAUCCCAGUGCCCCUGACAAGCCUCCUUUUGAGACUGCGAUUGGACUCAUGACUGCCCCUAUCGACCACCUGGCCGACCUCUUCCGCCGAUGGCCACAUACCUCUGGUAUGCCCAAUCCAUCUACGAAGUAA